UAUAGCUAUCUAUGUGUUGUAUCGCAUGGUCAAAGUGCUUGCUUGCUUUUCGGAACAUUUGUAUUUGUUUUGUUAGUGUUAUUGGUAGUCAACAAUCGUUCAGAUGAACUCUCGAUCAUGUACGAUAUUUGUCAUAUCUGAUAUUCAGUAAAUUGUUAGAGCAAUUCGAUCGCGCGAUUAAAUCGAAUGCUGCUUCGUGCAGGCGCCGGGACGAAACCAAUUAAGUUGUUUUCAAGCGAUCAAGCGACAUCAUUAAUAAAAUAUUGGUGUAAAAUAUGUUGGUGUAUGUGUCAAAUUUAUGUUGAAUAUUAAACAAUGUUUAGUGAAUACACGCCUUUAUAACUGUGCUACUGAAAAUUACUUAAUCAGUUAAAUUAGUAUUUUGUGUAUGAAUUUGAUUAAUAUGUGUUCUGCACUAAAAUAUUUACCACAAUGGAUAAUUUGGGUGACUAUUUUUUGUGAUGGAAGUCACGGAUUAACAUGUCAUGCGCGACAUAGAAUGAACCCGAGAAGACGCAUAGAGGAGUUUUUAAACACAGAAAGAACAAAUACGCCCAUGGAGUCGCAAGAAAAUCCUAAGGAACCGAAAUUAAUUCUGCAAGUGUUUGUAAAUGACAAACAAACCUACAAUGGAACCAUCUAUUAUGAUGUUGGCGAUAGAUUGCGUUUUUCCUGUGAUGUAUUACAUGAGCCGGUUUACGUAGUGUACCGUAAUAAAAUCAUCCAUCAGUGGAUUUCAGGACAUCAACACAUAAUACCACAACAAGGAACGAUUCGGAAAUUCGACUUUAAUAUUAUAGCAGAUGAUUUAGACAACAAGUCUAGUAUAUACUGUACAAUGGAUGGAGAGAAUAUAAAUACACUCCAAAGUGAUAUUAAGGAAUUGAUCAUGAAUCCAGGGACUUCGAAAUCUGAUGAUAAUAUUAUUGAAUAUAAUGAAGAACACCCUACAUUUACUUGCAACUGUAAAGGUUCCUAUGAAGGAAAGAAAAUUCUGCCGGCCACCGAUUCUAACUCAUAUUAUGUCUGUGUAAUCAUCAACAAAAUUAACGAGAGCGGAGAAGAGGCACAUUAUACACGAGAAAUUUAUAAUAAGACUAUAUUCAAGUAUAUUCCGAUGCAAAAGGAAAAUAAUACACACAAUGCCUCAAAGUUAUCAAACACUAGUAUAAUUGGGAUCGGAUUGGGUGUAACCGUAUGUAUCGUGUUGAUGGGCAUUGUUUGUCUUCUAUAUGUGGUAAAGAAAAGACGAGCCAAGCUUCAACCACCACGUAACCGAGAUAGUGUUUCCAAUCAAGUAAUUUAUGCAGAUCUGGAACUAUCCGAAAGACCUUCUAGAACCAUCUUAGAACAAGAAAAUGAUGAUACACCAUACGCUCAAGUUAUCGGAAUCGUACAAAAAAAUAAAUAAUAAAAUUUACUUAAUACCAAUUUGUUUUUUGGGAUUUGGGAAAAGGGCAAAGUAUAUGGAGAUCUGACACUCACCAGCGUGUUGAACCACCAGACUUACUGCUUUAGCACUAUCGUCGAUAUGGUAGGCCCAUACUAUGAGUCCGUUCAAGUAUUACGUAACGCAACUUUUGAAGAUUUUUGUCCCCCCCACCCCCACCCCCUCUAUGUAACGCGCCGUAACGUUUUCCUAUACGCCCCCGCCCCAAAAGUUAUGUAACUCUAAAAUAUUUUUUUUUUCGGAAAGUACCGGAAUACCACUAAAAUACCCUUUAUUAUUGAUUUAAAUAAAAAAUCCAAUGUUACAUAACACGUUGCUCGGAACCCCCCUCCCGCGCCUGUCACGCAUCGUAACGUUUCACAGGACCCCCUCCUGCCCACCAAAUUGCGUUACGUAAUACUUGAACGGCCCCUAUGGCGUAGUAUGUAUAUACUUAAUUCAUGGUUCAUAAUAAGUUAAGAUUAUUUUUGUUAGUAAUUGUAAAUUAUAAAAUCGUGCUUUGAACUUGUGUCGUCGAAGCGAAGCCAAAAUAAACGAAAUUACUUUAA